AUGGCGGCCUGGCGGGUCCCAGCGUCCGCGCUCGGGAGGUCGCGGCCGGCCGCCCCGCCGCCAGAGCUGCCGCCCCGUGACGGAGCAGCGUUCCGACGGCGCCGCGGCGUGCCCCUCUGCUCGGCUGCGCGGGAAGACGGCGGUGGUCUCGGGCCCGACUCGCAGGGCGGGCCGGAGGAAGCGGCCAAGCGCCCGGCGAGCCAAGAGUUAACGGCUGCGGAGCGGAGAAUCGCGGAGCUACACGCGGCCGCCUGCGCGGCUGGCCAGCUAAACUACGUGGACCCAGCUACCGGCUACGUGGUGUUCACCCAGCUGGCCCACUUGCAGAGAGGCCAGUGCUGCGGCUCGGCCUGCAGACACUGUCCAUAUGGUCAAAUCAAUGUUAAAGAUCCAUCCAAAAAGAAGCAGUUCAAUUCCUAUUUUUAUGUGUGA